AAAAAAAAAAAAAAAAAUAGAGAAAAGAAAAAAAGAAAAAGUUAGGAACCUUAAUUUUAUAAAUCCGACCCGGAACAUAGGCCUCAUUUCCAUCCUUGGGCGGGAAAUAGGAAGUGAAGGGGAGAAAUGAAGGGAAGCCAUAAGGAAUAUAAUCCUUCCUUUUUUUCUUCUAGUCGAACAAUAUGACGAAGGGUACUAGUUCAUUUGGUAAACGCCAUACCAAGACCCACACUUUGUGUCGUCGUUGCGGUAACCGUGCUUUCCACAAACAAAAGAAGACUUGUGCUCAAUGUGGAUAUCCCUCUGCCAAGAUUAGAUCUUUCAACUGGUCUGAAAAGGGUAAGAGAAGAAAGACUACCGGUACUGGUCGCAUGGCUCACUUGAAGGAUGUUCACCGUCGUUUCAAGAAUGGUUUCCGUGAAGGUUCUCAAGCCAAGAAGCAAACCGUUGCCUCUGCUUAAGUUUGUUUAUAAAUAAAACAAUUAUUUGGCAAAUCUUACUGUAAUCGCACCAAUUUUUUUAUGUUUCUUUCUUUUUAUACAUGUGAAGAGAGGAUGAAUGUAAUCAUGGAAAUUUUGGGUUAUCAAUAGAAAUUUUCGACCAUCAAUAUACAAAUCAUUAUUGUAGUUUAUGGUUGAAUCGUUUGAAAGAAAAUAAAGGUCCAACAUUAGUCUACCUAUUUUUCAUCUUUUGUUAAGCAAAGUAUCAAAAAGUUGGCUAUUAAGGGGGAGUGAGUCAAGAAUGACUUAAUUAAAGUGACAACUUGUCAACAGUGUUAUUCAGU